AUAAGUUGUAGCUUGAAACUAGCCAAUAAGGCACGCACGCUAGACUGCAGUUUGGUGGCGCUUGUAUGCAACAUUUUAGCUACAGUAACAUUUAAUAUUUUCAGGUGCAGAGUAUGGAACCCACAGGGCAUCCAGAAACCUCUGGCUCUUUUCAGAUGGCCACUGAGAAUGUGCACCUAGACCUUCUAUCCACACAGACUGAUAUGGACAUGUUUUCUGGGCACGCCAAUAUGGGCCUGCUGCCUGCUCAGACUGAUGUAGACCUACAGACUGAUAUGGAGGUGACCUGCUCACAGGGAACAGUGGGACAAAGUGGGCAGCAGCAGCAGAACCUUGAUGAGCUGACAACCUUUCUCACACAAUCUGAAAGAGAGAGGCAGAAAACUCAGGACAGCCUGAGCAUCCUGGGGGACCCAGACUCAUUGGAACUGUCCAAAGCCCAGGUGGAGGAGUUUUACAGCCGCACAGUCGUUCCCGGGCCCUCAGACCUUCCCGGGCCCUCAGACCUUCCCGGGCCCUCAGACCUUCCCCUCAGACCUUCCCGGCCCUCAGACCUUCCCGAACCUUCAGGCCCAGCUACAGGCCUCAGUCAGGAUGAGUGGAGCGGGCAGGGCCACACAGAAGCCUGGCCAGAAAUGGGCGCUGAGCCAGGGACAGACAGGCUGGAGGUCACAGAGGGAACUCAGACUUUAACUGGGACACUGUUGCCAGGGACUGGAGAGGAGCGAAUGGACAUAGUACUAGAAGAUCCCUCUGCACCUUCUCAAGAUGAUGUUGAUCCAAAUAUGCCUUCUAUAGUCAGCGUAGAGGGUUCACACUCUGAGGAUGGUCCAGGCAAAGAGGAAGCCUUAUCAUUCUUUGGAUUGGUGCCAAAGGUAGAAGACACAGGCACAGUAGACAAAAAUAAUGAGAGAGAACAACCAGUGAGGGGCAGUAUGUCCCCACUAUCAUCCUGGGCCCAGCCAUUGACACCAGGUGAAGCUGAGGACCAAACUGAAACUGAGGUCGCCAUUGAGGAUCCAAAAGUUUCUCAAAGUGGUCAAAAUACUACGGGGAGGAAGAGAGGCCGUCCUCGUCGUGGAGAAGUGAGGAAAAACAUUACGUCUGAUGGAGACCAGCUAUCAGACAGCGACUCUGACGAUACAGCUGACGAUCCGAGGGACACAGACUUUGACCCUGCACGGUCAGGCCUCCGACGCUCCACCAGGGCCUCCCAAAGGAGCCACAACACCCUGUCCCCCCGGCUCAUUGCUCCCAAACCGCCUUGCCCUGCCUCUACCCCUGGCUACACCCAGAGGUCUGGAGGACCCCCUCCACCCCGGCUGCCACCCCCUCGCCAGCCUACCAGAGUCCUCUGUGCCAACUGCAGUGGAAUGCUGCAGAGCGGACAGACAGCCUACCAGCGCAGGGGUCAGCAUCAGCUCUUCUGCAGCUCCACCUGCCUUAACUCCUUUGGCAAGAAAGUCCCCAAGAAAAAGCCCUGUGCUUUCUGUAAAAGGGACAUGGGGAAUAGUAAGGACACCAUGCUUGCACAGGUUGGCCAGUCGCAAUCCUUCCAAGAAUUCUGCAACAACACUUGUCUUUCCCUAUAUGAGUCCCGGCUGGAGAAGGGUCCGAAACAGCCCCCCAAACCAAGUACCCCUGGCCAAAGAUGCAGUGUGUGCAACCACAUGCGUGAGAUCAACCAUGAGGUAACCAUGGGCAAUGUGAUUCACCUCAUGUGCAGUGAUGCCUGUUUCAACCGUUUCCGGGCCACCAAGGGCCUGAAGACCAGCUGCUGUGACACCUGUGGUACCUACAUCAACACCUUCACCUCCCGGCCUGAGUACCUACUGCAUGAGGGCCAACAGAGGAGGUUCUGUAACUCCUCCUGUCUCAGACUCUAUAAGAUGAAAAACACUAAGGUGCUCUCAUGCCAGUGGUGUAGGACUCUGUGUAAGAUCUUUGACAUGCUGUCUAUGGUGGAUCAGUAUGGCAUGACCAAACACUUCUGUUCUUUGUGCUGUAUCGCUUCACAUAAAGUGAAAACUUCUGGGGACACAGUUCCCAGUGACGCUUGCAGUUUCUGCAAAAGAAGCCCCUCUGAACCGUACUACUGUAAAGCAAAUGAGACCAUUUAUGUCUUCUGUAGCCCUAGCUGUUGGAGCACAUUUCAGCACAACAGUCCCAAUGGAGCCAUCUACUUCAACUGUGUCUCCUGUCAUAACAUGUUCAAUGGGAAACCAGAAAUCUUAGAUUGGCAGGACUCAAUAUAUCAGUUUUGCUGUAAGGAGUGCUGUGAGGACUACAAGCGCCUGAAUGGUGUGGUUUCUGUGUGUGAGCACUGCAAGCAAGAGAAACCUCUGCAUGAGAAGAUGAAGUUCUCUGGGGUGGAGAAGGCGUUCUGCAGUGACGGUUGCAUACUACUAUACAAGCAAGACUUUGCUAAACAACUGGGCCUGUGCUGUAUAACUUGUACAUACUGUUCUCAGACCUGCUCACGGGCGGUCACAGAGGAACAGGAUGGCAACACGUGGGACUUCUGCAGCGAAGAUUGUAAAAGCAAAUACUUCCUGUGGUCCCUGAAAGAAGCAAAGUGCCAUGAAUGCAAGCGUCAGGGGCAGCUCCUGGAGACUAUCCACUGGAGGGGAGAGAUCAAACACUACUGUGACGAGCCGUGCCUCCUGCUCUUCUACAGCCAACAGAACCAGCCCAACCUAGACACCAAGCAGGGGCCUGAGAGCCUGCUCAACAGUGCUACAUGUAAUUCCCCAGAUUCUAUGCCUCCUCCUGCUGCGACAAAGACACGUGAAGCCACAGGAAGGGUACUGACUAGGGCUGUAGCCAAGCCUGCUCCUCCCGUCACUCCACCUAUCUCCCAAAGGAACAAAUCCUCCAUGUGUAAACCCAUGAUGACUACUACCGGUGUCACAUGUAAACCUGAGAUGAAGUCCCAGAGUUCCCAGACAGAUGAUUUCUUGCUGUCUCCACCUGUGAUGUUGCCGGUCCCUGUGCCUGUGUUUGUUCCUGUGCCUUUGAAUAUGUAUUGUCAAUACACUCCCAUAACAAUGGCCCUGCCUCUGCCGCUCCCAGUCCCCAUGUUCCUACCUGUCACACUGGAUCAUAUCGAUAAGCUUGUGGAAUAUAUAAAAGAGCUGAAACUCCAGAUCCCGUCUGAUCCACUGGAGGCUGACAUUCUGGCCAUGGCAGACAUGAUAGCAGAGGAGAGUAAAGGCAAGGACUCCUCUGAUCUGUCUGAUCUGGACAGUGAUCAGAAAGCAGGCCCGUUGCCGAGGGACUACAGCUUAUUUGAGUCUUCAUCCCAAGAUGACAUCCUCUCCAUGGCUGUCAAUAUGGAUGAUGUACUGACUGAGCCAGGUCAAGACCCAGCAGAUGAGCUCACCAAAGCUUCCCUGGACCUGAACCCCAAUGUUGAUUUUCUCUUUGACUGUGGGAUGCCGCCACAUGCUCCUUCACCAGAGCAGAGCUCCAACGCCGUUGUUCAGAAGGGUCCCAAGCGUCAGGCCAUGCCAGAGAUGACCUUACAUGAUCCCCUGGACAGUCAGCCUCUUGGUGCUGGCUUGAACAGCUCCCUUGGGGUCAAAGCCUGGAGGGCAUGGUCCCAAAGCAAGCACUCAGACGCUGAUGACAGAAAACAGAAACCAUUAGACCUUCUGUUGAGUAGUCCUGAGGAACUGAACCAUGGCCUGUCACAGUUUGUCCAAGACAUUGUUCAUCCCAGAGGACCGUGCUACAAGCCUGACAGCAUAUUUUACCUAUGUCUUGGUAUUCAACAGUAUCUCCUCGAAAACAACCGGAUGGUGAAUAUAUUCACAGACCAGUUAUAUGUCACCUUUGCCCAGGAGCUGAAUAAGAUUGUCAACAAAUGGCUGCCAUCUAACGGUGGUCUCGUGUCUCGUGUCCUGGAGGAGCACCUGUGGGAGUGUAAACAGCUGGGUGUGUACUCACCCUUCGUCCUGCUCAACACCCUCAUGUUCUUCAACACCAAGUCCUUUGGCCUGACCACCGUGGAGCAGCACCUCCAGCUCUCCUUCGCUACAGUCACGUGCCAGGCCAAGAGGAGGUCUACACCACAUGGCAUGGUCAAGUCAUCUAGUGUCUGCUACCACCCCAAAUCACAUCUCAAGAGAACCAGCAAAGAGGUCGGCUUGGGAAAGAGGAAACGAGAUGAGCCUUCUGAGCUGGAGCAACAAGAGAACCGGAUGAACCCUCUCAGAUGCCCCGUCAAAUUCUUUGAGUUCUACCUCUCCAAAUGCUCUGAUGGUGUGCGGAGCAGCUGCAAUGCAUUCUACCUGCAGCCGGAGGGCACAUGUAUGGCCGAGAGUUCUCGCUGGUACUCUGAUGUCCCCAUGGACAAGGGCAGGCUGGGAAUUAUGCUCAACAGGAUCCUGGCUGUCAAGGAUGUCUAUGAUGAGCACCAAGCACAGGAAGACAUGGACUGACAGCCGCACUGAUUGCACAACAAGUUUAUAUAGUGUACAUUGCUGACAUGGAAGCCGCUAGCACAAGGGAUGACAACCAUAACUACAAUGCAUUUUUGUUCCAUGUUUUUUUUCUAAUUCACCCCUACACAAAUAAGUCAGUGAGCAUUUCCCCCAUAGAAUUACCAUUAUACACUGAGUGCACAAAACAUUAGGAACAACUUCCUAAUAUUCAGUUGCACCCCUCCCCCACCGUUGUCCCCAGAACCGCCUCAAAUUGUCUGGGCAUGGACUCUACAAGGUGUCGAAAGCGUUCCACAGCUGGCCCAUGUUGACUCCAAUGCUUCCCACAGUUGUGUCAAGUUGGCUGAAUGUCUUUGGCUGGCGAACCAUUCAUGGUACACAAGGAAAACUGUUGAGUGUGAAAAACCCAACAGCGUUGCAGUUCUUGACACACUCAAACCGGUUGGCCUGGCACCUACUAAAAUAACCUGUUCAAAGGCACUUCAAUCUUUUGUCUUGCCCAUUCAC